AUGAUAAAGAAAGUCGCUGAAAGCCUGUGCGCUGAUUGCUACACGCUAAGCAACGCCAGGGGAAAUAAAAGGUGGACACAACACAUACUGCCAAACAAAAGCAUGCUUCGUUUGACAAAAAUAAACUACUCUUUUGUUCAGAAAAAUAAAAAUGUCAACAAAAAUAUAUACAAUAUGAACUGUAUCGAAUUGUACAGAUACAGCUGCUUACUAGAAAGGGAAAAUAUUACCAAUGUAAUUAUUUACAAACAGAUUAACAAGAGAGUAGAAAUGAUUUAUAAAUUCUUAAACCCAUCCAAGAUUAUCCUCUUAAUCAAGUUAUACAUACAAAAUGCCCACUUAAAUACCUACCAAAGCACCUUUCAUUGUCUUCUUGAAGUAGCAAUAACAAAACUGAGCGAAUUGCAUCUCGAAGAAAUUGUGAAAUUGUACAACAUAAUUAGCAAAGUGGAAAAUAACCAAAACGUCGUCUACUUAUUUAAAUAUGUCAACAAUCAUUUAAUUAAUAAUUACACAUUCAUCGAUGUGAAGUCCUUUUCACUCAUCCUAAAUUCACAUGCAAAAUUGAAAAUUAAAGAUAUGAAAUUGAUUAACAAAUUCUUGCAUAUCAUAGUUCAAAAGGGAUUGCAGAUCGAUAUUGUGAAUUAUUCCCUCCUUUUUAACGCAUUCUACAAACUAAGAUUGAUAGGUAAUGACUAUGUCAACCAUGUUGUGCGGCAGUUCUUGAGUGAAAUUGAUGCGUGGAGGCAAAGGGAGCAUGGCCCUUCCCAGGGGAAAAAACAAAAACAUGGAGAACAUUUCAUCACACAUGACACAAAUGGAGGUGACAAAACUGGCGUUGCAAGAAAACAAAUGGACGACUACUGCCCGCAUCACAUAUGCAACAUUCUGCUUUACUUCACCAUUCAAAAUAUCAACCAAAUUGUGAAUUCAAAUGGGAACAAUGAAGACAAGGGUGAAGUAAAUCUCAGCGAUAAUGUGUACAUACCAUUCCUGCUAGACCUAAUAAUUAAAAAAAAAAACUUUCUAAAAUGUGAAGAAAUUUUAAUGCUCUGUCAGAUCUUCAAAAUGAUGAAAAUUAAAAAUGACAUUCUGGUUAACCAUAUAGAACAGAACUUAAUAACUUAUUUUAAUCAUGCUAGAGAGCAGACAGUUACCCAAAACACUACGAACAACACGGAAACGCCACCUAACACUAUUAACUUCACGGAUGGCACCCUUGUAAAAAUCCUAUUUGAUAUGUGCACCUUUUAUAGCAAUAUAGAUGUGUACAAUCGGAGCAUCCAACACUUUCUGCACAGAAAAAUCGAUUUCAGCACCUCCCUACUUCUGCUUUAUGUAUAUUCAGAGAUAAAUUUGCUGAACGACAAAAUGAUCACCUUACUAAUUCGUAUCAUUAACAAACAUUAUGUUCAAAACUUUCAAGUGGAAAAUGUGUUUCUCCUUGUAAGGUCCUUCUACAAAAUUUGCUUGAACAGUCAACACUAUUUCUCGCAAAAAAGGAUGGGUGCUAAAGGUGUGAACAGCGUGCAUUAUGCUUCAAAGAUGGAUAUCCCUCCAAAGGAGGUGCAGGUGAUGAUAGGGUCUAUACCGCCUCAUCCCUAUGAACAGAUAACAAGCGUACCCAAUGGGGCAGCUAAUAAUGAGGGCAGAAAUACCCUUUUUGUGUCCACUACACUGUCAAGUGAAACUGAGAAAAAUGGAACCACAGCUGAGGAAAACUGUCCAGAAGUGGGAAGUGCCUCAUAUGUAACUCCCCCACACAUGCAAAGCUCAUUUCACAAAAUUGAAAGCCUCGUAGAUAACGUCUUCUUCAAACUUGAAAAAGAUUUACUAAACGAAAACAUACCAACGAACGAGCGUAAUCUGCCUAUGCUGUGCAAAAUGUUAUACUACGCCACCGUUCUCAGGAAGUUCCCCUUCAUAAAUAGCGUAAUUAAUUUAUUUACAAACAAAGAGAGCUCAGAAAUUGGAGAUUUUAAAAAUAUAUUAAACAUACUGCAUGCAUAUUCCUGCGCAAAGAAUAGUGCCUUCUACCUUUGCAAAAUAGAUCAAAUGGAUCUUCAAAUGCUACAUGAAAAUGACAUGACGAAAUUGGCCAUCAAAGACACAGUUCUCACACGUUACAAUUUUAUUAUAAAUAAAAAAAACUUGAACAAGGAGGUUAAAAAUAUGAUUUAUGUUCUGUUUGCGCAGUGCAGGCUCAAUGAUUACAGAUAUGUGAAUGUGGAAGACAUAGAAUCGUGGCUGAAUUACUCCUUUCUGAAUAUACACCUUUUGGGAAUGUUCCUCUCCAGUCUUAUGUCGAAAGAGCUAAACGUAAUAACGUGCAUCAGUAGACAAAGCAAACGCUUAGAUGAAGAGGAAAAACUGUCCCUAUUGAAACCCCCCCAUGAGGACCACUGCAAAGAAAUGAAGAACAGUCACAUAGCUGUAAAAAAGGACACCAAGUUUAGAUACACAAAUUUGUAUAAUCAAAUAUUACCACAUAUCGAUAAGCUCAUUUCAAAGUGCGAAAACAUUUACGACAUCACGAGGAUUUUCAAUUCGUCCUUUAUUUUUUUAAGCCAUUUUGAAAAAUUACAGGAGGAAAAAAAUAUAUGCAAGGAAAUUUCACAAAUGAGGACAAACCUGCAUAAAAUUAUGAACAGCAUAGAAAAAAACAUUUUGCACAACCUGCAUCUCUACAAUAAAGAGUUUAUAAUUCUUCUCUCCGCCAUGUGCAUAUAUAACAACAACUAUUCUUACCUUCCAUUUUCUUUUUUCUUUCAAUAUUUCGAUUUGUUCUCUUUUAAAAAUCACAUUUCGUACAUAAUUUUGCAAAGUACGGACGAAGAAAUUAAGCACAUAGCGAAUGAGGUGUUCACCCUCACCAAUUUUGACAGCAGGGGAGACAGCCACAAAGCAUGUGCCACAACCCAGGAGGGGGAAAAUAACGUGGAAUCGUUUUAUUCCUUGCACAUAUCGUCCAUUAUAGACAGUGUAGGGAAAUUCACACGAAAUAACCCAAAUUGGUACAAAAAUGCGGAGAAGCACCUGCAUGAAGAAGGAAAUCUGAACAAUAACAACCUUAAGGAUGACACCCACCGCAAAGGUACACAUGAAGAAGGAACCUCCAACAGUCUGACCCCCCUCCAAGUAAACCACAUAAUAAACAUAUACAAACAGCUGAUAAGUAAGAAUGACUUUGCAUGCAACAACGUUUUCAAUAAGAUUAAAGAAAAAUAUUUGCACUCCGCUGAAAUGAACCUCCUCCUUCUGAGGACCCUUUCUCUGGAAGAACUAAAUGACCUAUGCAUAAACAUGCUAAAAAAAAAAGUACCAAAUAUUUUUCUCUUCAAAUGGACACUAAAAAGGAAUUAUGAAUAUGUCCAUUCAGAUGACGCCCCCUCCUUAACAUACGAUUACAUUAUUAACUUGCUAAACAUUUGCAUAAACCUAAAAAGGUACAAUCUUUUCAUGCAGGACACAGUUGUUAGUAAAAUCCUUUUGGACAACUCGGACAAGUUCAACACGCUUCCAAGGGUGAAUAAAUUGAUCGAAUCUCUACUUCAGUUAAACGUAAGAAGCGUUUAUGAUAGCAUGUCAAAUGAGCUCCUACCCGCUGUGAAGAAGGUCUACCUAAAGUACGUCUCAGAUAACCAACCUGUGGAUUUAAACGAGGUCAUAUAUUUUAUGUUCCUCUUAUACAAUUUUAACAAGUGUGCAAAUUUUUACGACACAUUUGAAACCUUCUUGGGGACAUUUAUCCACAUAGGGGAGAUAAAAGUAUGUCCAAAAAGGAGGUACAAUUUUGGGACCAGCCUAAAUAAUACACUUUUUAUGGCCAAAAAUGUGUACAUCCUUAGUGGCGAUAAAAAUGGAAACGAAGGCCAUUCUGUAAGUACCCCUCUUGAAGAGACUAACAAUUUUGACAACGAAUAUGUUAUACACCUGGGUGAUAUAAACACCAACAAAGAGGCAUAUAAAACGCAGGAUGCAAAAUUCGCUUACACAAGCCAAGUGCAAAAGGUACAAGGGACAUACCCCAUGAUAUGCAUAAAGGAUCACUCCUUUGUUACGCUUUUCUUGCUUUUGGAUCUCCUCAAAAAUGAUAGCAAAAUUGAACAUCACAAAGUUUACCAGUUCUGCCUUACGCUGUUUAAGGAUUAUAUAUACCUACUAAACAAAGAAGUGGUCAUCCAGUGCUUGUAUAUUUACUUUUACACCCAAAUUAAUGAAGAACUGACACAACAACGUCAUAUGCUUGCAGAAAAUAACACCCCACAUGAGAACAUACAACACAUCCUUAACGUUUUAAUAACGUUCAGUCAUAACUUAGAUGUGUAUUCAAUUCUAAAAUUGUGUUUUAUCUAUAUUAACUUAUUUAUUUAUGCACGUAAAAAAUAUCACGUACAGGAAAACGUCAAAAUACUUUUUGAACAAAUUAACAAGAAAAAAAGUUUAAUCGAAAAAAAUAAUAUGCUCUAUGAGCAGGUGAAGAGGUAUGAACAUGCGCGCAUGGGGGAGUAA